AUGGCCUCGAAACCGCCAACCUGGACGCGUCUCUACACGUCGCCCGCAGCUCCCCAGAAGGAGAAGGACUCAGUGGCGGCGAAGAAGCCGAUUCCAGAGGCGCGGCCGAGUUCUUCCAUCGUGCUGCUGUCGCCCACCAAUGAAGUUCUGCUGCUGCAUCGAGUCAAGACUUCGACUUCGUUUGCUUCUGCGCAUGUGUUUCCCGGUGGAAAUUUGGAUGCGUUUCACGAUGGCGAAAUUCCGGCUCCUGGAGCGAAGGAUCGGCAUCUGGAUGGCCCGGCCUAUCGAUUAGGUGCUAUUCGAGAGUGCUUUGAGGAGACGGGUAUUUUACUCGCCACCAAGGAUGGCCGUUUGGUCGAUUUACCUCAGCAGGAGAGAGAUGAGGCGAGGAAGAAGAUUCACGGGAGCCAGAUCAAGUUUGCAGACUGGUUGAAGUCGAUUGGCGCAGAAGCCGACCUGGACGGUCUCGUUCCUUUCACGAGAUGGGUGACUCCAGUCGGUGUUCCAAAGCGCUUCACCACUCAAAUGUACUUGUAUCUGAUCCCCAUCUCACGCACCGGCGUGCCAUCCGAGAUGCUGGUGCCAACUCCCGAUGGUGGUGUUGAACACACUGAAGCUUUAUUCGCUCCUCCGCAGACGUUUCUGGCGCGCGUUGCUGCUAACGAAAUGAUCCUUUUCCCACCUCAGUACUACAUCCUCUCUCUUCUCACCAAGUUCCUCAAGGGCCCUACGGCAUCAGUAGAAGAAGGGCCCGUUUACUACACGAAGCAGCGCAGGGAGCUACUCAAGUUUUUGAGAGCGACUCCGACGGUGGACACGGACAAGGCCAAGGCGCACGCCACGUCCAACAUCUCAUGGGCAGACAAAGUGAUAAGUCCAUACCACUUGUUCGUCAGGAAGAGCGAUAAGAGGGUUGUUCUAGGCCUGGAGAAGCCGGGUCUUGAGCUGAAGGAUUCAGAUAGGGGAGGUGAUUGGGAAAGUGUGGUACUGGUGAGCUUUGGCAAAGCGGGCCCUUCUCAGGUGGAGGUUCGUCUGAGAGAGGACGUAUUGAGAGAAGAGAAAGAAACGGCUUCGGAAGGGUCAAAGCUGUGA